GUCUGGGUCACUUAUACCUACCCUGACGACUCUUAAGAACACUCAGGCAACACGCGUUUUUAGCCGUUCACAGCUUCGUAUGCCCCAAGUCAACCACCGCUGCCUACCUACCUAAGUACUACCCAGUUUAUCUCUGAGCCCUUCGGCCCUCUCUACACUAGACUUCUGUUGUACCCCCACCGCAGACUGAACAAGAGACGGGAGCACGGGAGGGCUGACGGCGGGAGCUGGAGUCACGGUGGUCGACCGGUGGGUAUCUUCAUGUGCAUCCACUUCCCCAGGCAAAAGGUACCAAGCAGCCAAUUGUACAUGCAGACCUGCAGGACAGAAAAGCGACCAUGGAUAAGCGCAAGGGUCGGUUGCAAUUGGGGAUGGUGACAGGAGUCGCUAAGUGGGUUGCGUUUUUUUAGUGGGUUUUAUCGAGUGGAUCAGCCUCCGAUGGAGUCAUUGUGGGAAUGCAACCGCAAAGCCUGUGCCCCCGCCGCCGACAGCGGGCGCAGCAACCUACCUACCACAAACACACACUGCCGCCCCGAGAGUGAGGAAUUGAGACACAGUGAGAUCGGAACCAUCCGUACUUCCACUUGUACCAGUAUUUAUCAUCCAGCAACCAACCCUCUUGGAUCUCUUGGUAUAUAGGUAACUAUUCAAACCAAUUGGCAAUCCUCCCCGUUCGCCCGACCUGGACCCCGCGCAACUGAUGCCUGCUUGUGCCACCUCCCGUUGUGGUCGUCUUCGUCGUCGUCUUCUUCCCAUCAAAAACCUUUCAGCGACUCGACAAAAUUCAUAAAAAGAAAAAAAGGGCCCGUUCAUCCUUCACGCCAUCGCUGUCGCCCUGCAUCUGUGCAUAGGUACAAUUUCCUCAGCCUUUUUCCAAGCACCAAGCCAGACGCACACACCCGACGCGCUGGUUGUCCACGAGAUUCCAGAAUUUCUCCUUGCUCCUUUCACACACUUCCUAGUCUGCUUUCAAAUCGAUUCAAAGUUCAGACUAUCCGCCCUCCACCCAACUCUCGCGCUCGUCCCCCUAGUCAAAUCAAUUCGGCCGCAUUACCUGACACAUCCGAGCCGGCAGCUAUCUACAACUACCUACCUUAAAUAUACCCUCGAAUCCUACUUCGCUGGAAGAACUGUGACCUCUCGAACAGUGCAGUCCAAAAUUGGAAUACACACCAAGACGUAUCUUAGUAUUUCCGAACACCUAACCGACCUAUCCGGCUUUCGGCAACUGCCUUCUCACAUCACCACAUCCACCUUGACCCGGUCAACUUCGUCAAACAAGAUCCGCCGUCGCCGCUUAUACAACAUCUGGGACACCCCGCAUUGUGGCCCCUCCCAGCACACUCUGCAUCUCGCUUCGCAUCCACGGCAAGCCGCCCUGAGCGACCGAUUCCACCCCAGCUGCGUCACCCGUCUCCCGGGACGCAUUACUUUGCGACACCCGACCCUGCCGGUACCUAGUAUCGCAACAUCUACACUGACCUCGUUCAGCGACAAACGACACCUACAGACAUCACAAUACAACAAGUCACCAUGUCUUCCCAAACUUCAACGGGCAUGGCGACUCCCGUCACCUAUCCUCCUCCCGAGCAAGCCUCGACCGGCAACACCACGGUGCCCUAUACCUUCCCCCAGGCCAAGCUGAAGCUCCAACAAACGCAGCCUGGGAGGACACCUUUGGUUCUCGUGGCUUGCGGCUCUUUCUCCCCCAUCACAUUCCUCCACCUGCGCAUGUUCGAAAUGGCCUCCGACUUUGUCCGAUUCAAUACCAACUUCGAAGUCUGCGGCGGCUACCUCUCCCCCGUCAGCGACGCCUACAAGAAGGCUGGCCUAGCUCCCGGUCAUCACCGCGUCGAGAUGUGCUCCCGCGCCGUCGAACAUUCUUCCUGGCUAAUGGUUGACCCCUUCGAGACGGUCAACUGCGACGAAAACGGCGAGCCCGCUUACGUUCCCACGGCGCGGGUGCUUCGACACUUCGACCACGAGAUCAACACCGUACUGGGUGGCAUUGAGGGCACCGAUGGUGUGCGGAGAAAGGCAAAGAUUGCGCUUCUUGCUGGCGCAGAUUUGGUCAUGUCAAUGGGAGAGCCCGGGCUUUGGUCGCCGGUUGAUUUGGGAGUCAUUCUCGGGGAGUACGGCGCUUUCAUCAUUGAGCGCUCGGGAACCGAUAUCGACGAGGCGCUUGCUACGCUGAGGCAGUACGAAGACAACAUUUGGGUUAUCAGCCAAGUGAUACAGAAUGACAUCAGCUCCACCAAAGUCCGUCUCUUCUUGAAGAAGGAUCUGAGCGUGCGAUAUCUUAUCCCUGAUCCCGUUGUCGAGUACAUUGAAGAGCACGGCUUGUUUCAAGAUGAACAGUCCAGCAAGAAGAAGAACAAUGACACCUCAUCAACAGGAGGAAAGGACAAGGAGAAGGAGAAGCCAACGACCGCCGAUGGAACAAGUACCCCUUCAAGCUCGACCGAGGAAACGACACAACAGAGCUAGAAACUCAAGAGCUGGUCUUCUACACAGCGAUAUGAACGGCUUCUUUGCGCUUAAAAUCGUACCUUCAGUCAGCAUAGCAGCCUCAGGCACCUACCUGAGUUCACGGAGGAUGAACCACUCCUUUUUUUUUUUGGAAAUGACGAGAAUCGCCUUUUAGAGAGAGGAGUAGAAGAGCGAGAUCAUUGAUCUUGGGGCAGGAAAGAUUUAAGGCGCGGAGAAAGCGGGUAAAUGGCGUUUACGGGGUUUUGGCUAUUUCAUUUGACUAUAUUUUCUCUCCUAUUCGGGCUAUGAAUGAACACGAACACGACGGUUCAGGUCAUGGAUGGAAUGGUGUUUCUUCAUUAUAGGUGGAAGAGCCUGGCGGGUGGAAGGGGUUUUUUUUUCUUGAUUGUGGGCUGAUUCGAGCCAUUUUGGUUACGCGCGCGCUGAGCGAGAUAUGGAUAGUGAGAUUUAGGAAAGGAGGUUUUUGUUCACAUCAUGAUCAUCACAUCACUCUUCAUUGUCGC